AUGUCGCUGCAGCCCUGCUUGCCACUCGUUUGUCCCGCCCACACCACCGACGACCUUUCGAGGCGCUCGUGGCCGACGAGUCCCCAGACACAUUCGCCUCACUAUCCGCCCCCUUCUUCAGACAUAGACCCUCGAUCCGGCCUCGUACGGAAGCAUCAGCCUCGCUCCCAGCCGAUCGGAUCAUCUUCGACCAUGACAGAGCCCGAGCAAGGACUACAGCUGCACCCGCCCGUCGUCCAGCUGGACGCCGUGGCACGGUCGCCACCCUCGCUGGAAGCCGACAAAACCAAGGCGGGUCUACCGGUGGCGAGUACGGGUGCGAUCCCGAUGUCGCUGCCCUCGAUCCUGCGCAACCCGCAGCUCAAGCACCUCAACGGCGCACCUUUGCGGGCCCCGGCCUCGUCGACGUCGACGUCGACAUCGACAUCGGGUCGACUCGGCGGCGCUGGCGCUCGACCCGCCCGCGACCUUUCGAAGCGCAAGGCCAGGCGCGCCGACAACGCCCGGCUGGCGGGAAAUCCGCACGUGGUGCGACCCACGCCGGCCGACUUUCGGCUGCAGGCCAACCCCCGCUCCUCGACCUUUCCUGCCUCGGCGUACCUCAAGACCGGCUCGGGCUCAAAGUCGACCAGCCUGCCCAUCCCGCAGUACGGAUCUACGCGCGCCGCCGAGCCGUGUUACGACGCCAGCAGCGCCAGCUCCGGCCAGUUCCGCAUGAGCCUCAAGGACGCCCGCAAGGUGCUCAGCGAUCGCAUCAACGUCGAUCGCGAGCGCUUCGGGACCCCCGGCGACGGGCCCGUCGAGCGCACCGUGUGCAAGGCCGAGGCCGAGAUCAAGCUCUGGCUCGAUGAGACCGUCUUUGUCACCCCGGACGUCAAGCAGCGCGGCCGGGGUCGCGUCCUGGUCGACGAGCAGUACCGCGUCGUGGCCCAACCCAGCGAGGCCGUGGACGGGCGCGACGACGACGACGACAACAUCGACGACGACAUCGACGCCGCGCAGAUCGUCGAGCUGCAGCGCACGCCCAACGCGCUGGUCUGGUCCAUCCCGGAUCCCUUCCUGCGCCUCGCCGUCCACUGCCUCGCUCGUAUCCACGGCUGCCCGUCAUUUUCCAAAGACGCCGGCCCAUCCUCGACGUCGACGUCGACGUCGACGCCGGCUGCCGGCCAGCAGGGCAGGCACACCUGGAUCCUCAACCCGAACCCGCUCGCACGGGGCUCGCGUCGGCCGCGCCGCCGCGGGACAGGUGCCGACCGCGACCGGCGACGGAGCGACUCGGUCAGCACCGCCGCAUCGUCGCACGUGCUCGGAGGGCCCGGCGUUGGCCCACAGGCGACGCGCGCCGCACAGUUGGCCGGAGGCAUCGAGACGCCCCCGACGACGGACCUCGACUCGCGCGACGGCGGCUCCGUGCGCGCGUGGAACCCGGAUGAGGAUACCGACGAUGCGGGCUUCAUGUCGUCGUCGGCUGCGUCCGUCGACCACCUCGGCGGUGGUGGAGCGGCAGGUCACGAUGCUGCGAUACCGGAGGAGACUGGAUCGGAGCUGUCCGGGUCCGAGGCAGAGGAGGCCAAGCUGAUAGAGAGGCGGGUGAGGAGGUGGGCGCGACACAGCGACGUGCACGCCCACCGCCUCGCUACGCCGGUAGAGGGCAGCGAGAACGACGACGGCGAGGGUGACGACCACGCUCGCGACAACGGCGGCGGCGACGACGUGGGCGAUGUCACCGUCGUACCUCUGUCGUCGCGGGCGGGGGCAGCCAAGCAGGGGCCCGAGGUCAGGGAUGCCGACGAGGAGUGGGAACGGAUCCCCGUACCGCGACAGGACGGACUAGAGCAUGGCCGCCGACGUAUCGCUCUCGACGGCGGCGUCCCGCACGACGAGGGCGACAGCGACUGGGCGGCCGACCACGAGGAUGCCGCCGACUCGUUUUCCGAGUCCGAUGCCGACGUUGCCUCGCUGGCCGAGAGCGUAGAUGCCCUCGACGUGGCUCAGGGCGCUGCUAGGUGA